AUGAGUUUUGCCGACCUUCUGGACAAUUUGGGAGGAAUGGGGCAUUUUCAAAGGAUGUCCGUGGCCUUCCUGGCUAUUCCGCUCUUGAUGCUGGCCUCUCACAACCUCCUGCAGAAUUUCACAGCAGGGGUCCCCGAACAUCACUGCCAGAUUCACAUCACAGCCAAUCACACCCGUUAUGCCAACACUACCAAAGAGCUGGGAGCUGACAGCCUCAUUAGAAUUGCCAUCCCUGUGAAUGGGAAGGGGCAGCCCGAGAAGUGCCUGCAGUUUGCCACCACCCAGUGGUGGCUCCUUGAUGCUAAUGCCACCACUGUCAACGACACAACGGUGGAUACUGAACCGUGUUCUGAUGGGUGGACGUACGACAGGAGCAUGUUCACCAGCACCAUAAUCAGUGAGUGGGAUUUGGUGUGCGACUCCCGGACUCUGCGGCAAAUGGCUCAGUCCAUCUACAUGGCCGGAGUGCUGAUAGGAUCGGUGCUGUUUGGCAGCCUCUCAGACAGGUUUGGCCGGAAGGCCCUCAUCGUCUGGUGCUACUUGCAGAUGGGGGUGUCGGGCGCCUGCACAGCCUUUGUGCCAAACUUUACAGCUUACUGUGUCCUCCGCUUCCUGAGUGGAAUGGCCAUGUCAGGAAUCUCUCUCAACUCUGUCUCACUGUGUAUGGAGUGGAUUCCGACUAAAUAUCGUGCUAUUGUUGGCACAAUCAAUGGUUACUCCUACACCGCUGGGCAAUUCAUCCUGGCUGGAGUGGCAUAUGCCAUCCCCAGCUGGCGCUGGCUGCAGCUCACUGUCUCGCUGCCAUUCUUCGUAUUCUUCCUCUACUCCUGGCUGUUUGUGGAGUCAGCACGCUGGCUGGCGAUCUCAGGACAACACAAGCGCGCCGUGACGGGCCUGAAGAAAGCUGCCAGGAUCAACGGAAGGAAGAAAGAAGGAGAUGAACUCAGUGUAGAGGUUUUGAAAUACCACUUGCAAAAGGAGCUCUGUUCCACUAAAACUAGCCACAGCAUGGCUGACUUGAUGCGGACGCCUGGCAUGCGCAAAAUCUCCGGCGGGGUCUCCCUUGUCUGGUUUGCCACCAGCUUUGCCUAUUAUGGGCUAGCCAUGGACCUGCAGAACUUUGGCUUCAACAUCUACAUAACCCAGCUGAUCUUUGGUGCUGUCGACAUCCCAGCUAAGUUCAUCUCAGUGAUGACCAUCACCUUUGUAGGACGCCGGUUUUCACAAGCGUUGUCUCUCAUCUUGGCUGGACUGUGUAUCUUGGCCAAUAUCUUUGUGCCUCAAGAUCUGAGUAACCUGCGUAUGACAUUUGCUGUGAUCGGUAAAGGCUCACUGGCGGCCUCAUUCAAUUGUGCCUACAUCUUUUCCGGAGAGCUUUUUCCAACUGUGAUCAGGCAGUCAGGGAUGGGCCUUGGAGGAACAAUGGCCCGCGUGGGCAGCAUGAUAGCCCCUCUGGUGAAGAUGACUGGGGAAUUUUUCCCACCCCUGCCACUGAUCAUCUAUGGAGGAGCACCCAUCAUUUCAGGCAUUGCCACUUGUUUCCUUCCUGAGACCAGGAACGUCCCCUUGCCAGAGACCGUUGAGCAGGUGGAGUUGAGGUCAAGGCCCAACCAAGACGACGAACUGCAAAUGAAGGUGCUUCUCCCUUCCACCAAGCCUGACCCAGCCAAAAACAGCAGCUAA